AUGCAAACAAAAGGGAGAGAUUUGAAUGGACAGCGCUCAAGAAGGUAUGACCGAUUCAAAAAUCUACAUCCCAAAACGAAGCAGAACAGAGACUACUCUGCAGGUUCUGAUAUAUUUUUAACACAUGAUGCCCUGCUGAGAUCAUAUAAGGACGGCAACAACAAUGCCAAUCUGCGUGACCUUUUAUAUGAUGAUGAACAUGAUGACGACUUUGAUAGACCCGAAGAAAGCGUUUACAAAGAAAUUUUGGAGAACUUUAUCAUUAAAGUAAAACUACAGUCUUCGAAACAGAUUAGACGAAUAGGAUCUUUUUCUACGAUCAAUCUCAUAGUGAUGGCUACCGUUAUACUACUGAUUUGUUCAGUUUCAUUAUUGUAUAAUAAGAGUAGUUUUAGCUUUUUUAGGGAGAUUACCAAUGCCACUACAUUCAUAGAUCAGCCUGUCGAUCAAUCACCCCUUCACAAAAUCAUAGUACCGUAUUUAAAUCAACUUUUCCCGGAUAAAGUAUUAGAAGAUGAGGAUUUGUUUGAUCCAAGAUUGGCUCCGGCUUUAUUGCUACUCUAUCUUCAAUUUCACAUUAUUGGAACCAAAAAGCAGCUUGAACAAAGUUUCAGUAUACCCUUCAGCUGGGAAGAUUGGGUGGAUAUUGAUGCGAAACUUCAGUAUGAUGAUGAUUAUUUGAUUGAAUGGCUAGCAUUACACUCGAAUGACUUUUGGAAUCAGUUAGAUGAUUUCAAUAAUCUUAGUUGUGAAACGUUUGCGUUGCUCUACGGUUGUGAAAAUAAUAGAAAUUUUAUGAGCAAAUGCAGUGAUCUGGAUGACAAUAUCCCGGGUUAUCCAUACAAAUUCGAAGUCACCGGUCCAACGAAUGCGAAAAUGAAGGAGCCUGGAAGAAUUCUUUAUGGGGCAAUGUACCUGAAGUCCAAAAUGCCACCUCCACAACAAAUUUAUCUGUUGGAUGUUUGCGGAGAGAAUGGCGAAGGUAGUUUAAUGAUUAAGGUGGAUCCUGAUAAAAAUGCAAAAAGAACCCAGGUUUUGCGGAAUAAAGAAAUUAUCAUGCAACUUAUAGAUUGGGAGGUUACAUACACAAAAAAAAAUAUGGGCUCUUUUUUGGAUAAAGGAUGGAACAUUGAAACUUUGAGGAAACGAAUGUCAAGUGUUUUAACUAAAUUUGGUGUUGAAAAAAUUAUUUCCAACAAAAGACAUAAAGAUAUUGAUAGAAAGCAAACGUUCCUGACUUUGAGGGAAUCUACUGAUCAUGGAGUAGUGGAGGUCAGCAGCUGGGACUUUGAUGAUUUCCGGUGGGAUGAGGAGCAGUUUUGGAAUGACUUGAUUAUCUCAUCUUUUAAUGGAGAAGAAGGAAACUAUGACGGAAGAUUGUACACACGGUUAGAGGAGAGCGAAAAUUUCAGAAUACGUAAAGGUUUUCAUCCAAAAUACCUAUAUGAGGCCGAUAUUUAUGGAAUUACUGAGGGUUCUCAUUAUGACUGGAGAUUUUUCUCUGGAAGUUUCAUGACAAGUGAUCAUCGACAGUCGGUUAUUCAUAAGUUGUCAAGGACCUGGCUAAGAUUUUGCUUUGAAAACAACCUCAAGACAUUUAUUGCAUAUGGUUCAAUGCUAGGAUGGAUUAGAAACGGAUUGACAUUACCGUGGGAUGGAGAUAUUGAUGUCAUUGUAACAAUGGAGACUUUAAAUUUGUUAGCAAGAAAUUUCAAUCAAACUUUGAUAGUAGACUAUAGUAGUAAGGACGGUUUUCAAAGUGCAGCUACAGGAUUUUUAGUUGAUAUCAACCCUGCUUAUUACAGUCGUGUUAAAGGGGAUGGUAAUAACGUUAUUGAUGGCAGGCUGAUAGAUAUAAGCACUGGACUAUAUUUGGAUAUUACGGCUUUGGCAUGGACCAAAGACUAUCUCAGGGAAGUACAAAUGCAUGACAAGUUGAAAAGAUUAGUUGACAAAGAUUACGAGGUGAAUAGGAUUUUUGCAUUGGAGGGUGAAAUCUACGGUCAAACAUUGAUGGAACAGCUUGCAAAGCUACAAGAAGAUCACGAAUUGAUUCAUUGUAAAAAUGACAAUGUGUACACCGUCAGCGAGUUGUCGGUCAUGAUACCGUCGUAUUUUGAAGGCGCCCGAGCCUUUUUUCCUCAAGAGUACGAGAAAAUCAUAUGGAGAUUAUAUCCUAAAGCCCUCACAAGAAUAACUGAGCCUGAUCAUGUAUUUGAUGGUGUUUAUCGUCUCUGGCUUAACAUUCAUGACUGUCCCGCUAUGGUCAAUGAAUUUGGAACUGUUUACGUAAACGCUCCAUUUGGUACAUGCAAUAAUUCAAGAGUGAUACAUGAGUAUAAUUUAACGCAAGACUACACUGCCAGACACCUUUCAAUGCUAGAAGAGGGAGAUUGGGAGAGCUAUAAACUUGAGGAGAGCACAGAAAGCAAACCUUUCAGAAUUGAUGAGUUUUUUUUUCUGUAUGCCGCUCGCAUAGGUUUACCGGAAGAUGAACUGGUGUCUUCGUGCUUGUAG